CCUGACGUGAUGGAGCUCUACCUCGACCUGUACUCGCAGCCAUGCCGCGCCGUCUUCCUGUUCGCCAAAGCGGUCGGGAUUCCCUUUGAGUUCAAGUUCGUCAACCUCUCCACAGGGCAACAGUACGGUGAGGAGUUUGGAAAGCUCACCAUGAUGAGGAAGGUUCCUGUCAUGAAGGACGGGAGCUUCGUUCUGACAGAGAGCAUCGCGAUCCUCAAGUACAUGGUGCAGAAACACGCGGCGUCGGUGGCGGAUCACUGGUAUCCAGCUGACCUGCAGCAGCGAGCUCGUGUUAAUGAAUACCUGUCCUGGCAACACAUGGGCCUCAGAGCUCAGGGGUCAAAGGUCUUCCUGCUCAGGACUAUGUUUCCUCUCGUCAUGGGCUGUGAGGUCCCGAAGGAAAAGAUGGACGCUGCCGUCGAGGAUCUGAAUCAGUCGCUCAACCUGCUGGAGGAGAAAUUCCUCCAGAACAAACCGUUCAUCGUCGGCGACAAAAUCUCUCUGGCUGAUCUGGUGGCUAUAGUGGAGAUCAUGCAGCCUAUUGGAACCGGUCUGAACCUGUUGGAAGGACGGCCGAAGCUGAUCGCCUGGGAAGGGCGAGUGAAGAAGGAGCUGGGUGUGAAGCUGUUCGACGAGGCUCACGAGAUGAUCAUGAAGGCGAGCAGCCUGGCGCAGACGGUGCAACACACCGACGCGAUGGAGCUGUUUAAGGCGCAGUUUAAGAAGAUCUUCAGCUGAGGAAGUACGACUCAUUCAUGUCAAAAAGCACUAAAUCAGUUUAUUCCAUCACUUUAAGGUGUUUUUUUUUACUAAAAGAGGUCCUGUGCAGAUUUGUUAUGACAUAUGUGGAGUUUGUUUCAGUUUCCAUGUAAUAAAGUGUCAGUAAAACUACACAGCUGUUUUUUAUCCUAAACUCUCAGCUGACAGCAGAAACACAAACAAAAACAUCUUUAUUUUCAUGCAAUAAAUUCUGAACAGAAAUGUACUAAAUGGAAACUGUGGCUUGCUUAUUGAACUUUUCAGCUUUGAAUAUUCACAAGGAAAAAAAUAAAAAAAAUAUAUGUUUCACAACAA